AUGCUCAACAUGAUUUCAAUAAUUUGUCUGGCGAUGCUGCUCCCUGAAGUGGCUCACUCGGCUCAGGGUCACUAUGCCCACAAGCUUCUGAAUGACUUGAUGGAGAAUUAUUCCAGCGCUCUGCGGCCUGUUGAGGACACAGACAGAGCCCUCAACGUCACCUUACAGAUCACCCUCUCUCAGAUCAAAGACAUGGAUGAGAGGAACCAGGUGCUGAUCGCCUACCUGUGGAUCAGGCAGACGUGGCAUGAUACUUACCUGAGGUGGGAUAAAGAGGACUACGACGGACUGGAGGUGAUCCACAUUCCCAGCAGCCUUGUGUGGAGGCCCGACCUCGUGCUCUAUAACAAAGCUGACGAUGACUUCUCAGGGCCGAUGGACACCAACGUGAGACUACGCUACAACGGAGAGAUAACCUGGGAUGCUCCUGCCAUUACCAAGAGCUCCUGUGUGGUGGACGUCUCCUACUUCCCCUUUGACAGCCAGGAAUGUAACCUGACUUUUGGUUCCUGGACCUACAAUGGCAACCAGGUAGACAUCAUUAUGGGCAUGGACAGUGGGGACCUGUCAGACUUUGUGGAAAAUGUGGAGUGGGAGUGCCACGGGAUGCCUGCCACCAAGAACGUCAUCAUGUACGGCUGUUGCUCUGACCCGUACCCAGACAUCACCUACACAGUGCUCCUGCAGCGCCGCUCCUCCUUUUACAUCUUCAACCUCCUCCUCCCCUGCUUCCUCAUCUCCUUCUUGGCUCCUCUGGGUUUCUACCUGCCUGCAGACUCUGGGGAGAAGGUUUCCCUCGGAGUGACCGUUCUUCUGGCUCUCACUGUGUUCCAGCUGAUGGUGGCAGAGAGCAUGCCUCCGUCCGAGAGUGUGCCCCUUAUAGGGAAGUACUAUAUUGCGACUAUGACCAUGGUCACAGCCUCCACAUCUCUCACCAUCUUCAUCAUGAACAUCCACUUCUGUGGUCCAGAGGCCAAACCGGUCCCCCACUGGGCAAAAGUCCUCAUCAUUGACUACAUGUCCAAAAUUUUCUUUGUUUAUGAGGUGGGCGAGAACUGUGCCUCUUCCUCCUCCGCCUCUUCAUCUUCUAACUUCCCCCAGGAAGACGUACGUCAGCAGCAUCCCAACUCCCAUAUUCAUGCGAACGGUAAACCGGGGAGCCACAGUAGCCGACAGGACUGGCAGGGUCGCAAAUACCCCAGACCUCAGACCCCCAAGCCUCAACACCAUCCCAGAGUAAAAGCCCAGCACCACAUCACCAGAGAAGAGAGGAGCCAUUUCUCCAGCUUUGGAUCUAAUGGGAAAAUCCCUACAGGUGACUGCUGUAAAGAAGACCAGAAGGUCCCUUGCUACCCUGAACACCAAAAGCCUCCCUGCUGCCCAGAAGACAAAAAGCCUCCACCUCAAGGCCCCACUGUUACCUUUGGCCCCUGUGUGUUCUGCAGUGGCUUGACUGGUAUGGACACCAAGCUGGUGCGCAAUGUUGAAUAUAUCGCCAACUGUUUCCGAGAGCAGAGGGCCACGUGCGCCAAAGGGGCAGAAUGGAAAAAGAUUGCUAAGGUGAUGGAUAGAUUCUUCAUGUGGAUCUUCUUUAUCAUGGUCUUCCUCAUGAGCAUCCUCAUCAUUGGCAAUGCGCCUUGA